AAUUUUUCCGAAUUUGAAUAUUAUUCAACCACUUCAAGGCGGCGUCACGAACAACGAUUACGAGUGAGUUCGAAGUCGCCGUUAAGGCUUUUUGGGUCUACAGAUUGCAUUCUAGUGUAAAAUUCAAAUAAUCGACAUGGCCAAGUCUAGGCGGAAUAGAGCCAAAGGCGGCCAGCGCUCCGACCCUAUCGCAAAGCCUGUGAAGCCGCCCUCAGACCCUGAACUGGCUGCCAUCCGCGAGAAGAGUAUCCUCCCAGUCAUCAAGGAUCUCCAGAGCUCCGACCCUAAGAGUCGCACUACCGCUGCUGGUGCUAUAGCCAAUAUAGUCCAGGAUACCAAGUGCCGGAAGUUACUGUUACGGGAGCAGAUCGUUCACAUUCUUCUCACAGAGACCUUGACAGACGCAAGCUUAGAAAGCAGGGCGGCCGGCUGGGAAAUCUUGAGGGUUCUCACAGCCGAGGAAGAGGCCGACUUCUGUGUACAUUUAUACCGGAUAGAUGUGCUCACUGCUGUUCAACAUGCCUCUACAAAAAUUACCGAAGCUAUAAACUCGCCAAAUGCCGCUUUUAGCAAGAGGUCCAAAGCCGAGCAGAAUUUCGUUUGGUGUAUUGCCGAGGCGCUCACCGAAAUCAUAUCAGCCCUGGCCGCAGCUCAAGAUGAAGCGCUUGAUGCGUCCAGCCAGAACCAAGAAAUUCUGCGGUUUCUCUUCACCUUGGUAUCAUAUGACUCCACCACAGCAUCAGUAAUUAGAAGUGCACUUUCAUGCAUGAUCACUCUAUCUGAGGAUAACCGCCAGUUCGUGGAAGCCAUUCUCGGCGACAGCACACAUCAAUGCUACAAGCACCUGAUGACUUUCAAGAAUAGCGAUGGCUUCAAAGCUGCUUUUGCUUGUGGUGUGCUCCACAAUAUAUUCUCAGUAAUGGACUGGAACGACCAGAAUCCCGGCAGAGAUGGGGCUUGCGAUGCUAUCCUCGUCCCCACACUAUCUCAGACUCUGGAGCGUACCAGCCUGAAAGAUGAUAUGACAAAUGGAAAUAGCUCGGGGAGUCCGGCAGACAUCCUACAAAUGGCACUCGAAGUCCUAGCAUCAAUUGGAACGGCCCUACAGGAUUCACUUGGCAAAGGGAGCCGAGCGAAGAAACCAGUUCGGGAAGGAUUAAACGGUGAAGACGAUGCGAUGGAUGCAGAUGAUAAUGAAGAAGACAUCUCUGGCGACGAAAAAUUGGCUGAUGAAGAUGAUGAGAUGGAUGAAGACGAAAUGGAAGCUGACAUGGACAUGGUAACAGGAGCAGACGACGAUGCAGAUGCGCCCUCGGGCAUCGACGAUUUGCCAACAUUGAGGGAAUUAAUUCAGAAAGCGAUCCCACAAGCAGUGAAACUCUUCCAGACCAUCCAGGGAACGGACGAAUUAUCGACUCUAAUUCGCACCCACGCUCUUACUGCGCUCAGCAAUGUUGCAUGGACAGUAAGCUGCAUUGACUUUAGCGAAGGUGCAAAUGCUGCUAUUUUACAAGCCUGGAUACCGGUGGCGAAACUCAUGUGGAACAAUGCAGUAGCGCCGGUCCUGGGUAGCAAUACAUCUGAUGUUAGCUUGGCCACUAUCGUGACGAGCCUUGCGUGGGCGGUUGCUCGAACAUUGCAUGAGCAAUCGUUUUUAAAAGGAGAUGAGCACAAGAAGUUCAUAUCACUCUAUCACGCGUCAAAAAGUCUAGACGGUAGCACAGAAGACCCUUUCCAAAGCCUAGGGGUGAAGUGUAUAGGGGUACUCGGCCAGCUAGCUCUCGACCCAGCACCAGUCGCCCUGAACCGCGAAAUCGGUGUUUUCCUCGUCACAGUGGUUGCUGCGCUGCCUGAAACACCCGCCGCGGACUCCGUUGAGGCACUCAACCAGUUGUUUGAUAUUUAUGGCGAUGAGAAGAGCACCCAUGACCGAGAGGUGUUCUGGAAGGACAACUUUUUGCAGCACAUAGAGGCGACAGUACCAAAGGUGAAGGCGAUGGUUAAGACGGUAGAUAAGAGGAAGUCAAGUGAGCUUCGAGCUCGGGCGGAGGAAGCAAGCCUGAACCUUUCUAGGUUCAUCCAGUACAAGCAGAAGCAUCGACCAUAGGGUAGACAGUUGUCUCAGGCUGAAGUUCUUGGAGUCUCAUAGUACGACUCAACUAAGAUUUAGAGCCGUGUAAACCGGUACCAUCUAGGUUAAUAAAAAGGAAACAAGUCACCUUCAUUGAGACAAGUAUGUUUCACUGGCCAUAUAUAUCAUGAUCAAAAUAGUCAAUCAAAACAUACCUCGCUGAUCAGUCCACGGUAAUGAAGGUAAGUCGUCACAAGAGUGAGACGA